GGGUUCACACCUCCAGGAAUGGAUAGAUCCUCUCCAGAUAACAGCCCAGUGCAUGGGAUGUUACGCCAGCCGUCCAUCACAACUGGGGUCAACAUCCCCAUCAUCACUGAACUAGCUAAACCGGGCAAGUUGCCUUUGGUAUCAGUCAAUCAGGAAAAAAACAGUGGGACGCACAUUCUAAUGAUAACUGAACUGGUGAACGAUACUAAUGUUCAGUUUUUGGACCAAGAUGAUGAUGAUGACCCUGACACAGAACUGUACCUCACUCAGCCUUUUGCCUGUGGGACAGCAUUUGCCGUCAGUGUCCUGGACUCGCUUAUGAGCGCGACAUACUUCAAUGACAAUAUUCUCACCCUGAUACGGACCCUGGUGACCGGAGGAGCCACGCCAGAGCUGGAGGCUCUGAUUGCUGAGGAAAAUGCGCUUCGAGGGGGCUACAGCACCCCCCAGACGUUGGCCAAUAGGGACCGUUGCCGCGUGGCCCAGUUAGCUCUGCUUGAUGGGCCCUUUGCAGACUUAGGGGAUGGUGGUUGUUAUGGUGAUCUGUUCUGCAAAGCUCUGAAAACAUAUAAUAUGCUUUGUUUUGGAAUUUACCGACUGAGAGAUGCCCACCUCAGCACCCCCAGUCAAUGCACGAAGAGGUAUGUCAUCACCAACCCUCCCUAUGAGUUUGAGCUUGUGCCUACGGACCUGAUCUUCUGCUUAAUGCAGUUUGACCACAACGCCGGCCAGUCCCGGGCCAGCCUGUCCCAUUCCUCCCACUCGUCACAGUCCUCCAGCAAGAAGAGCUCCUCUGUUCACUCCAUCCCAUCCACGGCAAACAGACAGAACCGGCCCAAGUCCAGGGAGUCCCGGGACAAACAGAAUGCAACAAGGAUGAAUAGAAUGGGCCAAGAAAAGAAAUGGUUUACAGAUGAACCGGAUAAUGCCUAUCCCAGAAACAUUCAAAUCAAGCCCAUGAGUACCCACAUGGCUAACCAGAUCAACCAAUAUAAAUCCACAAGCAGCUUGAUUCCACCAAUCAGAGAAGUUGAAGAUGAAUGUUGACUCCCAGGAGACCAGAACUAUUUUUUUAAAGCCUGACAAACUUCAUAAAUGGUGACGUGACUUUUCUUCCUCUUACAUGCUGAAUCACUGGUGGAAACGUUAGGAUAAGCAAGAAUUGCAAGAAAAUAAAGUAGACAGAUCUUUCUCUUUGUCUGCCUUGAAUAUUGCUUCCAUGUAUUUUGGAAAAGAAAAUAAUUUCAUUUAUAAAUGAACAUACUAAAAUAGUCAUGUAUAGCCUCUAGCAUUUUAAAUUAUUUUUAUUUAUUAGAAAGAAAAUAUAUUUUUUCUUUUCUUUUUCAUUGUCAAAUAUCUUCCCUAUAUCCAAACAAUGCAAAAUCGAAAUGAAUAAGUGGCCAGACUCCUUAAUGCGUUUUUCUCUUCUUUCUCUCUUUUUCUUUGAGGAGAAUGAUGGUCACCACCACAAUUAAUUGUAAUUAAGGGAAAUUAAUUAUUAAAACAAUUUUACAAUGGCCAACAAUGUAUACAUGUAUUUUAGUAUAUCCAAAUAAGAAGACAACGGGGUAGGUAAAUACCUACUCCUCUCCUGGAUGGGUGUGUAUUUUGAUCGGCAUUGACACCAGCUCUUAAUAAAUGGAAACAUUUAUUUUCA